CGCCCCCCCUCUUUUUCUACGCUCAUGGCUUCACGCGCUGCUGGUCUGCCAAGCAACCCUCGCGCCCGUGCCCGCUCGGUCGGGCGCUCCGAGCGCGAAUACGAACACCGCCCAACCCCGGUGGCUGAUUAUCCACCUGUUCCGUCUACCCGCCUCGCGCGUCAGCGCUCGAUCGCGAAUGUGCGCCCUACGCGGGACGAGCGUGCGCCACCCCCUCCGCCACCCAUCCCCGCCGAUCAUGCACCGCGCUCAGCGUGGCGACGCCCGACCACUCCCUCCUCGCGCACGUCGGUGGACUCGACGUCAUCGGCGGCGUCCUCGACCUUCAGUGGCAAAGGGUACACGUCGUCGCGUACUAGCUUGGAGGACGACGCGGGACAGCAAUCGUACAAGCCACCUGCGCGUGGCGCGUCGCUGAGGGAUCGCCGCCUCGCCCAGAACGAUGCGCCGAAGCCAGUAGUCGCAACGGCUCCCCCUUCGGAACGCCUUUGGGACACCGUCGUGGGAGCUGCGAACUCCCUUACGGUCAACAUCAGCAUGGCUUGGGCGAGUGGCGUCGCCACUGCGUCAGGCGAAGUGACUCCUCCUGGUUCAGAGUCCCACCUGACGCGCGCGCUCAAGGCAUACCACCUUCAGAAGGCCAAAGAUCGCUCCGAUCUGCCGGACUGGCUCUUUGAAGAGCACGAGCGGCGUGGCAAGCCUCGGCGCACCAACAGCCGCGACGAGACUGAGUCGCACACGGAAAGCAAGCCCGUCCCUGCGCAAGCCGCGCCACCCCGCCGCCGUGUCUUUGCUGCCGGUGCCGCGGAUUACUCCUCGCCGUCCUCGGCUGCACGUAGCCCAGAGGCGCCCCCGGCGACGAGGGCUACUGAGCGCCUGCGGUCCAUCCGCGACGCGCGUCGGGGUGCGAUGGCGCCGCGCGUGGAGUCGCCCCCGCCUGCUCCCGUCAAGCAGCAGCUCGCGUACCCGGAUCGCAGUGUUGCGCAGAGAGCGCCUAUGUCGAUGCGGCGCGGCCUGCCUUUGCGUCCAAGCCCUCAGCACAUCUAAAUGAACUCGUCGACGAACGCAGGGCGUUCAUGACGACGACCACGACGGCAAUUCUCUUGAUCUCGACAACCUAACGGGCCAUCUCUAUUGACAGUCUAACCGGGUGUGCAUGUACAAAAUUCACUAUCGAUGGUAGAUACGUAGAGGGUCCCUUGUUGUAGUGCGGGUAAUAUGUGUAGCUGUUGUGUACGCGCGAGGCUGAAUCAUUGCUGAAUCACAAGUUGAAGUUCUCGCGACAAGGCACCGCAGGG